AAUGGCCGCCGCGACUUAUGUGGCGCGAGGGGAAGUGCGGGGCAGAAAUCUCGCGAGAUCUAACGAGAGGCAAAAAAGGGAAGGAUAGAAGACUCGCGAGGUUUCAGCCCCGUCGCGGGGACGGCCGAGGCGUAGGCGCAAAGUCUCGCGAGAACAGCGGGCGGAGCGGCCAUGGCGGCGGCGCUGGGUGCGGCGCGGCGGCUCCGGUUACCGGCGCUGCUGGCCCCGCGCUCGGUCUGCUUUUCCCAUGAUGCCGAGCGGCGCCACCUCCCGCCCCAACCCCGUAGCAUCCCCCCCCCGGCCAAGUAUGGCGGAAGACACACGGUGACGAUGAUCCCCGGCGACGGCAUCGGCCCUGAGCUGAUGCUCCACGUCAAGGAGGUUUUCAGACACGCCUGCGUCCCGGUGGAUUUCGAGGAGGUGAAGGUCGGCGCGGAGGCGCCCGAAGAUGACGUCCACAACGCCAUCAUGGCCAUCCGCCGCAAUGGCGUUGCCCUCAAGGGAAAUAUUGAAACCAACCACAACCUCCCGCCCAGCCACAAAUCCCGCAACAACCUCAUCCGGACCAGCCUGGAUCUGUUUGCCAACGUCAUCCACUGCCAGAGCCUGCGCGGCGUGGAGACGCGGCACCGCGGCGUCGACAUCCUGCUGGUGCGCGAGAACACCGAGGGCGAGUACAGCAGCCUCGAGCACGAGAGCGUGGCAGGGGUGGUCGAGAGCCUCAAGAUCAUCACGGCCGGGCGGUCGCGCCGUAUCGCCCACUACGCCUUCCGCCUCGCCCGCGCCGCGGGGCGCCGCAGCGUCACCGCCGUGCACAAAGCCAACAUCAUGAAGCUGGGGGACGGGCUGUUCCUGCAGUGCUGCCGCGAGGUGGCGGCCGAGUACCCCGAGAUCACCUUCCAGAACAUGAUCGUGGAUAACACCACCAUGCAGUUGGUGUCACGGCCGCAGCAGUUUGAUGUGAUGGUGAUGCCAAACCUCUACGGAAACAUCGUCAGCAACGUCUGCGCGGGGCUCGUGGGGGGCCCCGGCCUCGUCCCUGGCGCCAACUACGGCCACGAUUACGCCGUCUUCGAGACCGCGACGCGGAACACGGGCAAGAGCAUCGCCAACCGCAACGUGGCCAAUCCCACCGCAGCGCUGCUGGCCGCCUGCAUGAUGCUGGACCACCUGCGACUACACAGCCACGCCUCCAUGAUCCGCCAGGCCGUCCUCGCCUCAUUGGAUGACCCCCGGACCCACACGCCCGACAUCGGGGGACAGGGCACCACGUCGGGCGCAGUGCAGAGCAUCCUCGCCCACCUCCCCCGCUCCUAAGGGCCCCCAAGACCUGCCUGGGGCCCCCAAUAAAGAGAGGCAGGGAGCCAGGA